AUGAAUAACCACCCAAACCCCAUGACGUCACCUCUGUGUCUAAUUGAGAAUGAUCACGGAGAGCUCCGCACUGGGGAACAGGCCUUGGAAUAUCUGAGGGGAAUCUCAGAGCCAGUGGUUGUGGUGGCAGUAGUGGGCUUGUACCGCACAGGGAAAUCCUACCUCAUGAACCGCCUGGCCGGGAAGCAAGCAGGUUUUACCCUGGGCAGCACCAUAGAGUCUAAGACAAAGGGCAUCUGGAUGUGGUGUGUACCUCACCCAGUUAAAACUGGACACACUCUAGUGCUGCUGGACACUGAGGGACUGGGAGAUGUGGACAAGGGAGAUUCGAAGAAUGAUGCCUGGAUCUUCUGUCUGGCUGUUCUGUUGAGCAGCACUCUGGUGUAUAACAGCAGAGGGACUAUCGAUAACCAGGCAUUGGAGAAACUCCACUACGUUACGGAAUUGACGGAGCAGAUCAGGGUAAAAUCACCAGAUGCUUCAUCAGCAGAAGAUGAGGAAGAGGCAGAGGAUUCUCAGUUCGUGAUGUUCUUCCCUAACUUUGUCUGGGCCGUCCGAGACUUCACCCUGGAACGGAAAAUUGAUGGCAGAGAUUCCACAGAAGAUGAGUACCUGGAUUUUGCCCUAAAGCUGAAGAAAGGUGUGGGAAAGAAUGUGAACAACUACAACCUGCCGAGAGAGUGUAUUCGCAACUACUUCCCAUCUCGGAAGUGCUUUACCUUCCCGUUCCCAACUACUCCACAGAACAUGAGCAAUCUGGAGAGUAUGGAUGUGAAUGACCUUUUUCCUGAAUUUCGGGAGACCGCCGAUCGUUUCUGCGAAUACGUCUUCGCAGAGAGUCGAGUGAAAACGGUGAAGGGAGGACAGGUUGUCAACGGAAGAAUGCUGAAUCAUUUGGUGCGCAUCUACGUGAAAACGAUCACCCGUGGCGAUGUGCCCUGUCUGGAGAACGCGGUGGUUGCCAUGGCGCAGAUUGAGAACCAGGCCGCGGUGCAGGAGGCGUUUCGUUUCUAUGAGUCUGGAAUGGAACAAGUGAAGAACAGCUUUCCCCUGGAGCUGGAUGAGAUCCUCUCUCAACACAAGAAGAUCAACACCAUGGCCACAGAGAUGUUCAUAGAACGCUCCUUUAAGGAUGAGAAUGGGGAAUAUUUGAAACAACUGGCUGAGACCAUUGAUAAGCACUAUGCUGACAUCUUGCACCUGAAUGAGCAGGCCUCAGAGAAAAAAUGCCGGAAGCUCCUCAUGGACUUCUACGCACCAGUGGCUCAGAAGCUCCAGGAGGGAUGUUACGCCCAGCCUGGUGGAUAUGAGGUGUACUGCAGAGACCGUGAUAACAUUCUGGCCCAAUAUCUUAACCAGGGCAACAAAGGAGUCAGGGCAGAGGACGUGUUGGAGGAGUUUAUGAAGGAAAGGAGUGCAGAAUCCAACUUAAUCCUGCAGGCCGAUCAGAAACUGACUGAAAACGAGAAGAGGAUGCAAGAGGAGAGGGAAAGAACUGCCUUGAUGGAGCAGAGGGUAAAAGCAGAGGAGGAAAAGAGGAAGGAGAUGGAGAAAAAAUUAGAGGAGAUGAGUCGGAGCCAUGAGCAGAGGGUGAAGCAGAUGGAGGAGAAGAUGAAGAGGGAGAGCUGUCAGCAGAGGAAAGAAAUGGAGUUGGCCAUAGAGAGCAAGCUGAAAGAGCAGAGAGCUCUAUUAGAGAAGGGUUUCAAUGAGAAGGCUGAUCUGAUGAACAAGGAGAUCGAGCACCUAAGAAGACAUCAACCUAGAGGCUCAGGAACCAAACUCCUGGGUGGGGGCUGGACUCUAUCCUCCUCCGGAGAUGCCUGGGGUGAGAGACGACGGGCAGGUGUGGGGUUACUUGUCAGCCCCCGCCUGAGCACCGCUGUGUUGCAGUUUGUCCCGGUGAACGGACGGGUUGCCCCACUGCGCCUUCAGGUUGCAGGGGAGAAAUCUCCGACUGUCGUGACGGCGUACGGGCCGAAUGGCAGCUCAGAGAGAAUCCGCCACUUCCUCAUGCAGCAGGCAACCCAGCUCCUUGUCCAAGCGCUUGUCAUCUCCGGCCUGGACUACUGUUACUAUAUGUCCAGAUAUUGGUCCACAGUGAUUGGAAGACCAUCCAGCUCUAAAGUCAGUUUAAAAACUCGCACCACCUACACAAAUGAAGGGAAGAUGGACAUGAAAUCUUUUGCCUAG